AUGUUGCCAAAUCGAAAAACCCUCUUCCUUUUUUCUUUAUAUUUUCACCCUAUCUCCCACCAUUCUUUUUCUCUCUUCUUCUAUAUCGCAGUAUACUUUUCUCUUUUUUCUCCUUCUUUUUCACCUCGCAAGAUCUUUCUUUCUUUCUUUCUUUCUUUCUUUCUUUCACACUGCCUUUUCUUUCUUUUUUCUUUUCACAUUGACUUUUUUCCAAAUAUCUUUUUUCUUUUUCAUUCUUUCCUUUUUCAAACUUCUUACUUUUUAUACUACUUUCUUUUUUCUUUUUUACUUUCUCUCUCUCUCUCUCUCUCUUUCUUUCUUUUUUCUUUCUUUCUUCCCACACUGCCUUUUUUCUUCCAGUUAUCUUUUUCGCACAAUCGUUUUUCCUUGCACAGUGUCUUUUUUUCUCUUUUCAUUUCAUUCUUUUUUUUUCCAAACUUCUUUCUUUCGUCUCACACUUUCUUUCUUUCAUUCACACUACUUUCUUUUUCUUUCUUUCACACUGCCUUCUUUCUUAAUUUUUCUUUUCGCGCCGUCUUUCUUUCAUUUUUCUUUAUUUUUCACACUGUCGUUUAUUUCUUUUUCAUAGUGUCGUUUUUUUGUUUUUUUUUUUAUAAAGGAGACUUUUUCUUCCUUUCAUUCUUUUUUAAACUGACAUCGUCCUUUCUUUCUUUCUUUCUUUCUUUUAUUUUCCUCCUAUUCUUUUAA